GGCUUGUUUCUUCUCAUGGACAGCAAUCUACAGAUCAGAAUUCGAGAUCCAAACCAAGGAGGUAAAGAUGUUACUGAUGAAAUUCUGUCAGGAGGAAGAACAUCAUCUACACCAACUCCACCCCAGUCCGCAUCUGGCCUUGAUUUGCAGGCAAAUGGAGAAAGUGCCCACGUACCUGUCGUAGUAAGGCCUGAUGAUGGCUCCAAAAACAUACAAGGGUUUGUCAAGGCUGCUUCAGAGAGCCCUUCUCCUCCUCCUCUCACAGAGACUGAGUUGGACAUGGCAGAUGUCUGUGAGCUCAAUAUGCCAGGUGAAAACACUAUGCCAGAUCUGAGUGUACCCUUGCUAGAGAAUCUUUCCUUACAAGAAGUUCCUCUGCUAGAGACCCAUCCUAUGCAGACUGUGACCCUACCAGAAGCUCACAUACAACAGGCUGUGUCUAUUGUUGAGAUUCCUACCCUUCAGGAGGUGCCACAUGUAGAGUCUCUUACUGCACAGACAGAGUUGGUACAAAAAACUGUCACAUCCCUGCCUCAAGCAGAGAACCUCCCAAGUACCCAACCUGAGGUUUCUGUUCCAAAUGUGUCUGCCUUGGUUAAGGAUGAGCCACUUGAAUUGGCUGCUGAUCCAGUAUCCCACAUUCAGCAUCUUGCUCACAAACCUCUAUCUGAGCCUAUCCCUCUAGAGCCUGAGGAGACAGCUUUAGAACCUGCUCAAGUUGAUACUCCAGAGCCUAUAGUAACAUCACCAGAUGUCCAUACUAAUGGGCUAUCGGAGGAGGUAAUUACACCUCCUAUAGAAUUGAAUCCACCCUCAGUUUGUCAGCCUGAGCCUACUUUGGAGUCUCCCAUUGUUCAGCCUGAAGAAUUGCUUUUAACAAAUGGAGAGGGUAAUCCAGGGCAUCUAGAACCAGAGACACCAUGCAUUCAGCCAGAGGACCAUGUGAGUCCCAUCGCUGAACCAGAGGAGCAGCCUUUGUCUUCUGCUAGCAACCCUGUUAAAAAUGAGGAAAAGGAAAAGACCAGCUCUGCAGAACUUCCGACUCCUACGCAAGCAGCUGUUCCAUCACAGAGCUCUGAGAGCCAUGUGCAAGUUGCUGUUUCAGCUCCCAAAAAAAAACGAAAAAUGAAAGAUUUAAACAAGAAAGAAGCAGUGGGUGACCUGCUGGAUGCAUUCAAAGAG